AUGGCAGCAAAGCAAGCCCUCAUCAUCAUCCCUCCACCUCUGUGCUUUACAGAUAGGGUGCAGGGAACCAACGACAGCAGCGUGGUGAGCAAGGCUUCGGCUGCAGCUCAGGGCUACUUCAGCGACGCUUUUAUCCAGCACUUUGUGUGUAAAGUGGGUCGAAGGGCGCCGCUGAUCAACAGGGGCUAUUAUGUUCGCUGGAAAGCUGUGGACCACUGCGUGAGGCGGUUCCUUCAUGUCACGGCGGAUUGCCCCAAGAAACAGGUUCUGUCUCUGGGCGCUGGAUUCGACUCUCUGUACUUCCGCCUCCAUGCAGAUGGAGUUCUGGACGGAGCCGUGGUGUUCGAGGUGGAUUUUCCGGACGUGGCGCGUCGCAAAGCUGCUCUGAUCGGCGCUGAUGCAGCACUGAGAGGGAUGCUGGACUCCUGCCUGCCUCCUCAAGCAGGGCCCGUCCAGGUGUCCAGCAGCCGGUACCGCCUUUUAGGCCUGGAUGUCAGGGAGGAGUCCCCGGUGAAGGAGGCUCUGAGUGCAGCAGGUCUGGACUGGGCGGCUCCCACCCUCAUCCUCUCUGAAGUGGUGCUGACCUACAUGGAAACCCAAUGGUCGGACGCCGUCAUCGGCUGGGCGGCGAGGCUCCUCCUGCAGUCCCUCUUUGUGAUGUACGAGCAGAUCCACCCCCACGAUCCUUUUGGCCGCGUGAUGCAGGAUCAUUUCCUAAAGCUCAACUCCACGCUGCACGCGCUGCAGCAGUACCCAGAGCUGUCGGCACAGAGACGCAGGUUCCUGGACAAGGGCUGGGAGUGCUGUGCGUGUCUGGAUAUGAAUGAUUUCUAUCUGGGGCUGGUCCCCCAGGAGGAGCGGGACCGAGUGGAGAGCCUGGAGCCAUUUGACGAGCAUGAGGAAUGGCACCAGAAGUGCUCCCACUACUUCAUCCUGACUGCAUCUCGCGGGGCGUUGAUGGAGCAGGCUCUGCUCCCCCAGGCCUCAGGUAGAGACCCCGCCCCCCCAUCCGUCCCAUCGUCCCGGAAACCCUCUCAUCCUCUGGUUUUCCUGUCUGCAGCGCCGUCCGUCGCUCCGAGCUGGAGCCCCGCAGCCCUGAGCGUGCGUCCGGUCCCGGUGCGUCUGGAGGGCCUGGGGUUGGCCUCCACCCGGAUCAGGCCGCAGGUGGUGCUGCUCACUGGAGGGUCCGGCAGAGGGGGCCGGGGGGCGGAGACCAGGUGUCUCCUCAGAGGCCAGGGGGGGUGGAGCUCCACCAGAGUGGAAGCAUCAGCAGAUCUGGGAGAGAGACUCUAUCACACCGUCACCCCCCUCCCUGGAGGAGCGCUGGUCUACGGCGGCCGCUCCUCCCCUCUCAGACCCAGCUGCGACCUGUUGAAGGUGACGCUGGACCCGUUUGCUCCGCCGUCUGCAGCCGGGUCAGCAGAGGAACAGAGGGUUCAGGUGGAGCGGAUGGGCUGCACGGGCACCGCCCCCCCACCGAGAUGGAGACACGCCGCCGCAGUGGUCAGUCACAGAGGCGGAGACUUCCUGUUUGUGUUUGGUGGGAAGAACCAAUCAGAGCGGGUUCUGGGUGACGGCAGCUUCCUGAGUCUGGACCGGCAGGAAUGGAUGGAGAUUCCAGUAGAGGGCGCUGCACCGGCGGCUCGUCAUUCUCACACCGCCUGCUCCUACCAAGGAGGCGUGGUCGUGUUCGGAGGACUGGGCCGAGGAGGGGAGCCUCUGGGCGACACCAGCCUGCUGGUACCGACGGAGCGAGGCUUUUGUUGGAGGAGGGUGGCAGUGCAUCCCCCCCCCAUCCCUCGGUUUUCUCACUGCGCCCACCUGCUGGGCGAUAGGCUGGUUGUGGUGGGCGGAGUCUGGAUGCAUCCAGAUGGAGUUCCUGGCGUCGCCGUCAUCAGCCUGGCCGUAGGCAGCAGCGUGGAGUUCAGACUGGACACGAGCUCGGUGCCCUGGCCUCUGAUGCUCCACUCGUUCUGCUCCGAGCUGACGGAUGCAGAAGAACCGCAGCUGCUCCUCAUUGGGGGGGGUGGGAACUGCUUCUCCUUCGGGACUCAUCUGAACCCUCAGCCCGUCUGUGUGGAGCUCCGGCCUGCACUGGGAUGAGGCGGCGAACCACAACCAGGAUUUUUAAAGCGUUAAAUCCUGAUAAUUUGUCAUUUUUUACUGUUUGUUUCAACUGCUGUUUGUUUUCAAUAAAAUUGUGAUUUUAAUCCCAGAUUUUUAUGCAUUAAAA